AUGGAGGAUCUGGAUAGUAUGAUAAUGACGACUUUGAAACAGAUAGGAUGGUAAGUUGAUUUACUUUCUAUCUAUUGUAAUUUAGUUCUUUCUGUAAGGAUGUGGACGGUUUAUCACUUCUGGGAGUUGAUGAUAUCGUGGAAGGCAUAGUAAGAUUACUAUGGAUAUGUGAUGAAAGCGCGAAGUCUACUAUAACAUCUACAAAGCUUCCAAGUCAAAUGACAAUGAGGUAUAGGAAAGCUACUGAGUUUGUGGAUAGCAUAAAAGUAUGUUUCGUAUGUAAAAUGAGGUUUUAAAUACGUUAUUUUGAAUGAUUGAUUAAUUUAGAAUCUUGGAAUACGAGAAAAACUAGGAUACCAUUCAAUAUUGUACCCAAACUUGUACGACGUGAGGAAUAUCUUCAUAUUUUUAAUAGAAAAGAUGCCACAAGAGUCUGUGAUAGAAAAUGUUGAAUUAAGUGAGUGUACUGUUAACUUCUUGACGUUUUUUAAUCUAUUUUAACUUACAUUAGCUCUAAAAUUAAUGGUAAGAUUGUUUUAGCUUCAAUUGAGCAGCUUAAAAACAGGAUAGGAUCUCAAAUCAGAUCUGAUAUGGACAGUGAAUGGGUUCCGGGUUAUUGUAGAUAUUUGAACAUGAAGAAAGCUGGACAUUACUGGUUAGAUGGAGAGGUAAGUUGAAGGUGUUUUGUUUUAGUUAUUAUUUUUUAGAAAAGUCCGUUUACUCUUGGUAUAACUUCUAAAGAUGGUAGGAGAGGAAAGUGGAUGACAUUUAUGAACGAAGAUGAUAAUCUGGGCUAUGAAAUGGAUCAAACAGAACAUUUACAAAGAGACAAGGUUGUUUUACCUUCUGUUCGGCUUGUGGAAAACAUACCAGUUGAAAGGUACGCUAUGUGUAUUACAAAUAUCUAAAGACUUAUAGCAAAAUGAGUAAAAAACAAGUUGAUUGUUGUGUUUUCUAUGACAAUUCAAGGGUCUUGUAGUUUUUUUUUAAUUUCAGACCUUCAACUACAAUAGAUGAUACUGAGGAUAAAGAUAAAUUAGAACAGCUAAAGAGACUAAAGGAACUUAAGAACAAAGUGUUACGGGAGAAAGAGAAUAAUUACAAAUUGAAGACGGAGCAAGAAAACUUGGAUGAGUCCAUAAAGAAGAAGACGGCUGGCUGGACUUCUUGGCAUGACAAGAUGCGCAAAAUUCUGAUUGAUCCGGAAACUCAAGUUGAGCCUUUAAAUGUGAGUUUUAAUUAUUAUAUUGUUUAGAAAUUUUCAUAGUUUUUCCUAUUAUCUUUUUUUGUUAUUUUCGGCCAUAACUCAAUGUUUGACUUUCAUUAAUUUGCAGGAUUUCUUGAGAGAAGGCGAAAACCGGCGAUCCAUAUUAGAAGACAAUUUUGUUGGAUGGGAACGUGAGAAUCUGCAGAUUCUGAACGCAUUACGAGCUGAAAAGGGAUCUCAGGUCGAUAUGCAAACAAACGAAUUGAAAGUUAAAAAUGCGAAGCUGGAAGGCUUGAUAACUAGUCAGAAGAAGACAUUAGACAAGAUGGUAUGUCUUCUAAACAGGAUACUGUGUCUUAAAUUGUUUGUUUACAGAACUUAAAUGGGAGUAUAAACAGUAGCUUUACACGUUUUUUAAUUGCAAUCAAAUAUGUCGUUUAGAUGAAGCAAUUGAGCAAGGAAAACGACACGGAGAUAUGGGAUAGGAAAAAGUUCUUGUUAAGGAUAAUAUACUUGGCAAACAACGUCAAGGCUCAGAAGGCAGAAAUUUUAAAUGUACGUUUUUGGUUUAAUGUGUUAUAACUCAAAGGCACUUAUAAUUUUCGUAUGUUAAAAUUCAAAGUACAGAAUCGAAGUACAGAAAGUAAGUUUUAGAGUCUAGAAGACUGUAAACGACUUCAAAAAGAAAGGCGAAACUUUUGCGGCAGUCUCGAUCGUUCGUUUACCGUAGUAAGUAAUUGGUUGUACGAGUUUUCGGAGAAAGAUCUGAGACUGAAGAAUGCCUACCACCUCAUGAUGAAGUUCCAUCUUCAAUGUUCUGACGUCUCUCGCAACAUGGAUGACAUAUACGACAUUAAUUGUCAAAAAGACCUCAUUGACGACGAGAUCGAGGUCUUGAAACAACAAAGCGCUGACUCGAAUCUUGAGCAAAUUAUGCAAGAUCUUGUGUUGAUUCAACAAGAGAAUGCUCAGUUAACGCAACAGCUACGAGCAUCGUGA